GCAACUAUUAGAAAUAGCUCAAUUUUAUCCUCCGAUUGCUUUUGAUACCGAGAAAGGAAUAUAAAGAGCACUUAAGUAGAAGUUUGGAAGCCUCCGCACAAUUUCAGCUUCAACAGAACAUUUAAGCCAAGUUUCUUCUCCAAAUCCAAAUGAGCAAAGGUGAAAUUCUACCUCAGGAUAUCAUAAUUGACAUACUAUCUCGUCUUCCUGCAAAAUCCAUCGGCCAAUACAGGUGCGUAUCAAAUCAAUGGUACAAUUUUCUCUCACACCCACAAUUCAUCAAAUUUCACUUCACUCUCCAUGCUCAUAAACAAGAAACUAAACUCAUUUUCAUCUCUGAUUCUGACGAUCUUCACACUAUCACCUUUAAUCGUAACCCCCAAAAUAUAAUACUCGAUGCCAUUUCAACGAACCUUAAUUUUCAGAACAACUGGUUAAGUAUUGCAUGCUCAUGUAAUGGGCUGGUGUUGGUGGAAAAUCAGGAACAUAUUAUGUACUUAAUUAACCCCACAACCUUAGAUUACCAUAGAAUUCCAGUUUUUCAUUUGGGUCUUCCUCAGCAAAGUAGCUACAGAGAGUAUGGUUUUGGGUAUGAUUUUGCUAGUGAUGAUUAUAAGGUGGUUAAUCUUUCUCGAUAUCGAAAAGGGAAUAUUGACACUACUUUUGUUGAUGUCUAUUCGGUGAGAAUGGGUUUAUGGAGGAGACUAGAGAGUUUACCUUACGAUGAUGUACUUUCGGAGCGAGGAGGGGCUUCUGGGGUGUUGGUAAAUGGGGUUUUGCAUUGGAUGGCAAGUAAAGCUUCUUCAUUCGUAAUUAUUGGUUUUGAUUUAAGUGAUGAGAAAUUUUUCGAGGUACCAGCACCUACUAAUCUUUAUGGAAAUGAGUUGGAUUGGUAUGAACUUAGGAGUUUUAGAGGGUGUCUUUGUAUGUUUUGUGCUUUAUUAGAAAGCGAAAUUGAUGUUUGGGUGAUGAAAGAGUAUCGAGUUGAGGAGUCUUGGACUACAUUUAGGAUUGAUAGAAUGGAUUUAGAGAAUGGUUCGGUACCAUUUUGUCCGAUUAGUGAUGAUGAUGUUGUAUUGAGUGUGGAUAGGGAUAGGUUGACUGUCUACAACAUCAAAGAGGAUCAAUGGAGAUAUAUGGAGGUAGAUGGAUUAACUUAUAUGUUUGAAAGGACUGGAAUUUUCAUCGAGAGUCUUGUCUUGCCGAUGCUUGGCAAGGGAACUGAGGGUUACCAUAUUGCUUGAUGUGAUAUUCUGAGUUGAUGUGGUACUAAGAGGUAUGAUUUUGUUAGUGAUGAUUAUAAGGUGGUUACUCUUUUUCGAUAUCGAUAUUGACACUACUUUUGUUGAUGUCUACACUAUGAGAAUAGCUAUGGAGGAGAUUGUGUAAAUGGGGAUUUGCAUUGAUUGACUAGGAAAGCUCCUGUUUUUUCCAUAUGUAAUGGUUGUUUUUCAUUUGAUGUAAUGAGAAAUUCUUGGAGGUGUCAACACCUACUAACAAUAAGUUAUUGUUUAAUAAGCUUUCAGAUCUUAGAGGAUAUCUUUGUAUGUUAUAUGAUACACUAGGAAACGAAAUUGAUGCUUGGAUGAUGAGAGAGUAUCGAGUUGAGGAGUCCUGGACUAGAUUUAGGGUUGCUAGAAUGGAUGGUCUCGUACCAUUUUGUGCGAUCAGUGAUGAUGAUGUUGUAUUGAAUGUGGAUAGAGAUAAGUAUUUGACUGUCUACAACGUGAAAGAGGAUCACCGGAGAGAUAUGAAGGUUGAUGGAAUAACUGCUAAAAGAUAUCCAAACUUUGAAGCUCUUUUGAACUCUUGAUACAGAUAUAUGUUGUUAUUUUCUGGUUCAUUUAUUUGCAACAAUAUAAUAGAAUGUUUUAUCGCUGGUUGUCUUUUGUACAACAACAACAUACCCAGUGAAAUCCCACAAAGUGAGGUCUGGAAACACCAUGAUAGCAAUCUUGAUAGGUAACAGUUAUCGCAGUAUUAUGAAGCUAAUGAAUAUUGCUGGUUUUCAUAUUUAUUCUUCUGAAGUUACAUGCAGAGUGGCAUAUGCAUUUUUGUUAGCACGAGAUUGAUUUAUAGUACUUUCCAUAUUGUUUUUGAAUAUCUAAAAUUUUAUUUUAAAAUAUCGAAUUACUGUAAUCUGAUUUAGCAUAGAAAUUUAGUCAAAUUGACUCUCGAAAAGCACAAAUGACAAUUAAAAAGGAAUGGAGGGAGUACUCUAAUAGAUCACUUGUAAAAUUCAUUGUUGCAUAUAUUGAGCAUGUGAAAGAUGAUGCGGGGUGACGUGUCAUUUGCUGAUUGGUCUAGAAGUUAGUUGGUUAGAUAUUUUCCCAUUUUCAGUUAGUUAGGUUGUUAGAACUCUGGUUAAUAGUUAGAUUAAGUUAACUAUGGUUAGUAAGAGUCGGUUACUACUACUAUAUAAACAUUGUAACUAGUACAUUGCUGUUUGUAAUCUUUGAUCUUCUUCUCAAUACAUUCUGAAAUUGUCUCAACAAUGGUGAAAGCCUUUUCUGUUGUUUUAGCUUAGAACACAAUUACAGUGAUCAAUUCAUAGUGUUUAACAGCAUAUAUUUCUGCAAAUAAUUUCGUUUACCUUUAUAUUUGUUAAGCUCUCUAGUUUUCUUGGUAAUCAUCUUGAUGUCGACAAUAAAUAGGCUUAUAUCCUCUAUUGUAUGAAAUUCAAAUGGGUACAUCAGAACCAUGAUAAAACAUAGAGUCAUAUUUUAUUGAGAAAAUGGCACUUGUAAUAAGGAGAAAUUAUUUUUUAAAAGGAACGGUGCUAGAUAAACUAUCAAGUUUAGCCAAUAUAGAGUAGGACUGUUACGUUGUAUCAUAACUUUAGCAAGAGUUAAAAGGAGUAGGAUCGUUUUCAUGUUGUGUAAUAAGCUUAUAGCUCUAGUGACAUAUAUAUUUGAUAAUCAUUUUUCGACAAAUGAAAUUUAAUCUGUCAAUUUUAUUCACUAAAAAUUACAUUUAUCAUCUGUUAGCUUAUUAUAUUUGUUGAUGGGCUUCUAGAAUAUCAAAAGUCUUUCAAAUUAUCAAUACAACUACAUGCACCGGUAAACUAUCUUAUUACUAUUAAGAGAUGCUUAGACUUGGACUUUAGUCUUCUUCUCAAUUUUGAUUGUAAUUUUGUCUUUAUAUUAUUUGUUGCUCAUUAACCUCCAAUU